AGAGUGAGUCAUCUCUAGCAUUUUACCCUCUCUGCUGUUUGUUAGGCACGGCUGGGAUUUCACGCUUUCUGACUGGACAUUCCUACAUUUUCAUUUAAAAUGAGCAAACCUGAGGACCCCAAAGUGACCACAACACCACACAUACUCAAAGAGGAGCUCUUGGCAGAAGGGAAAUGGGUGAAGCUGGAACAAACCACGUACGUGGAUCCUGCAGGAAACACCAGAACCUGGGAGACUGUGAAGCGGACCACCAGAAGGACCAAUACAGAAGCAGAUGGUGUUGGAAUCAUCGCGCUGCUGAAGCGAACGCUGCAUAAAGACUGCGUAGUGAUGGUGAAGCAGUUCCGUCCUCCUCUGGGAUGCAACACCCUGGAGUUCCCAGCAGGAUUGAUCGACGAAGGAGAAACAGCAGAGGCGGCUGCGCUGCGGGAGCUGAAGGAAGAAACUGGCUACAAGGGGGAGGUAGUGGGAGUCACUCCAGUGACCUGCCUGGACCCUGGCCUGUCUAACUGCACCACCCAGAUCGUCCUGGUCAACAUUAACGGAGACGAUGUGCAGAAUAUCCAUCCGACUCAGCAGCUGGGUGAUGGAGAGUUUGUUGAAGUUAUCCUUUUACCACUUGAUGAGUUCCAGUCCAAAGUCGACGACCUGCUUCAGAAAGAGAAGAUCAUCGUGGACUCCAAGGUUUACAUCUUUGGUAUGGGAAUGGCUCAGGCCUUCUUCAAGCCCAGGGAGCUGCCCGUCCUGAAGCAGUGACAGAAACAGCCUCUCCUGUUCCUCUCGCCUGGGAAAUAACGGAUCUUAACAUUCCGUAGAAAACACGUGGCUUUGUGCUUUUAAAACUCAAUAAAUCUGACACUCAAAUGCUGUUUUUUGUUAGUUGUUUUCAACUUAAAUGUGAAGAAACAAUAAAAGCCAUUAAGCCUUUUGAGGUUGUGUAACAACAGUAGCUUUUGUCGGUCUUCAGUAUUAUUUUCCCUGAGUAAUGGCGAUUACUAACCCUCGUCUUUUAAUGAUGAUAAACCCUUUUUAUGUUGCUUUUUCUGGAAACAUUCCUUAAUAAUUGCUAACAUUCGAUUGAAACCUUUCGGAGAAUAUGACCUUUGUUGUUGAAAUGGUUUUGAUGAUAACAAACCUGAUGAUGCACUAACGGGUGUUUAGAUGUACGGUUAUUGCUGCAGAACGCUGCAAUGAGCUGAACAACAUGUUACUGACUAAUGAAUAAAAAUUAUAGUCUUUU